GCAGUUUCCAGUCUGUGGGAUUUGCCACUCUUCUUCCCGUAGGUAGACACUUUUCGACAUUUCUUACAACACCUCACCAGUUUACAGACGGUCAUUGUUAUUCGACUGACACAUUCAUGUAAACGAACCUCGUCAAAGGCUCAGUGUGUGUCUUACCUGUUAGAUGAGGAAAGGAACAAGUUAACCCUCACACCGGCAAGUUGGAAACAUCAAAGUCCUGUCGUGGAGGGAUGGCUGCCCUAAACAUUGAUCUCAGUGGUGUAGACUUUGGGGAUGAGUUUGGAAAUUACACAUAUGUAGAUGGAAUACCUGAACAGAACUCCAGUCCUUGCCACUCUGUAGUUCUUGGAAACUGGGUCAAAGUCAUGUUGGCUGUUGUCUACAGCCUGGCAUGUUUCCUCGCUGUGAUGGGGAACCUGGUGGUGAUGAUCGUCGUUCUUCACAAUCGGCGCUCAACAUCAUCCACAGACAUCUACCUGCUCCACCUUGCCACGGCUGACCUGCUCUUUGCUGUUUCUCUGCCCUUCUGGGCAGUGGAUGCCAUGUCUGGCUGGGUGUUUGGCGAUGCCAUGUGUAAGGUUGUCAGCAUGCUCGAGGAGGUGAACUUUUACAGUGGCAUCCUGUUUCUGGCCUGUAUCAGUGUUGACCGUUACCUCGCCAUCGUCCACUCUGCCCAGCCCCACUGGCAGAAGCGGCCGUUCCUGAUCAAACUGGUCUGUGCUGUUGUGUGGGUGCUGGCUGUUCUCCUGUCUUUACCCAUCCUCUACAAGGGCAAGUUCAUCUACAAUGAAAGAGUCCUGUGUUAUGAGUUACUCGAGAGUGAAUCCAUCACAACCUGGAAAAACACCACCAGGUUCUUACGUCAUGUCAUUGGGUUCCUCAUCCCACUGGGUGUCAUGGUCUUCUGCUACAGUGUCACCAUCCGCAGACUGUGUCAGACAAGGGGUUUCCAGAAGCAGAAAGCCAUGAAGGUCAUUAUCGCCGUGGUGCUUGCAUUUCUCAUUUGUUGGCUGCCCCACAAUAUCACCGUGUUUGUUGACACUCUGAUGAGAAGCAAACUCAUCGCCGAGACUUGUGACAGGCGCAAUCACAUCGACCGGGGUCUGUCCGUGACUCGGAUUCUGGGAUUUCUGCAUUGCUGCAUUAAUCCAAUUUUAUACGGCUUCAUUGGGCUCAAAUUCCGGAGGAACUUACUCAACCUCUUGGCGGAUAAAGGACUUAUUAGUCAACAUGCAAAAGCACAUUAUAAGCGAUCGGUGUGCACUUCCUCGGAAUCCGGACUCGUUUCUUCUACAAUAUAGAUUGUCUGUGAUGGUGGAAUCUCAUCCAAUCAGAAUGUUGUCGAAUUAGAAGCUUAAAUACGAUGUUGGAGCCAUUAUUGUAUAGGAUGCUGUUCUCUAUAUGGCGCUGUUAUCCAGUUCAAUGGUCAGUAAUAUGGUUUGAAUGGUUUUGCUUCUGCUAUCCCAAUGACACCACUCACUUUCACAUUAUCAUCUGCACCAGAUACAUUAUGUGAUUCUCGGGGUCUGAAAACUAACAGUAAGGACUAUUGGCUUCCCAGAACGGUAGCACUAUUAUAGGCUCUGAUACUAGCUCUCUGAAUAAGGAAGAAAUAUUUGCAAUCCUCCGGUUGAAGAUUGGUAGAUUGACUGAGAAUUAUCAAAAUCAAGGCAUUGUCUCUCACCCAGUGUGGGCAGACUGUAGAACGAAAUACGUGCAUAGUUUUUAAGCUACAUAGAUUUUUUUAUCCCAUACAUUGCUCUUUCCCUUUAGUCAUUACAGUGAGUGUGGCAGCAUCCCAUGGGAGAAAAAUGAGGGUAUGGGAAGGAAGGGUUAGAUUGAUCUUGGAGUAGAUGAAAUGGUCAGCUCAUCACGGGCUGAAGGUCCUGUACUGUGUUGUACUUUUCUAUGCUUUAUGUUGUCUGUUCUGUCUUCUUGUCUUGUUCUAAACGGGGAGAAAAUCCAAAAAUCUGAGAUGUAACAGGACUUGAAGGUCCUCGUGCAGAACACCCUAAAGGUUAACUUGUACGUAGAUUCGGUGGUGAGGAAAGCAAAUGCAAUGUUAGACCUCAUUUCAAGAGGUCUAGAAUAUGAGAGCAGGGAUGUGAUUCUGAGGCUUUAUAAGGGACUGGUGAGGCCUCACCUUGAGUAUUGUGAACAGGUUUGGGCUCCUCAUCUAAGAAAAGAUGUGCUGGCUUUGUAGCGGCCUCAGAGGAGAUUCACAAGGAUGAUUCUGAGAAUGAAAGGGUUAUCAUACAAGGAACGUUUGAUAGCUCUGGGUCUGUUCUCGCUGGAAUUUAGAAGGAUGGGGGAGGACCUCAUUGAAACCUUUCAAGCAUUGAAAGGCCUAGACAGAAUAGAUGUGGGAAAGCUGUUUCCCAUGGUGGGGGAAUCUAGGACAAGAGGGCACAGCCUCAGGAUAGAGGGGUGUCCAAUUAAAACAGAUGCUGAGAAAUUUCUUUAGCCAGAGGGUGGUGAAUUAGUGGAAUUUAUUACCACAGGCUACUGUGGAGGCCAGGUUGUUGGGUGUAUUUAAGGUGGAGAUUGAUAGAUUCUUGAUUGGACCAGCAUCAAAGGUUAUGGGGAGAAGGCUGGGGAGUGGGGCUGAAGAGGGGAACAAAGGAUGAGUGAUGAUUGAAUGGUGGAACAGACUCCAUGGGCCAAAUGGUCUAAUUCUGCUCCUCUGUCUUAUGGUCUUAUGGUAUUAAGUAGGUGAAAGAUGUUCAGUUGUAUGCUUUGCUUUGACAACACAGCUCCAUUCAGGACUGUAACCAACUUUAGCCUUCCCUUACAGUAUCUCUUUUCAGUAUUUAUUUGUCUAUGCAAUUUCAAAUUUCAUAAGACUGUGUGAUACAGGAGCAGGCAGGCCACUCAGCCCAUGCAGACUGCUCUGCCAUUCCAUCAUGGCUGAUUUUUUCCCUUCCCCAUUCUCCUGCCUCUCCCCAUAACCUUUAACCCCUGACCAAUCAUGAACCUAUCAACCUCAGUGUUAAAUAUACCCAGUGACUUGGCCUCCACAACCGUCUGUCGCAAUGUAUUCCACAGAUUCACUACUCUCUCUCUAAAGGUAUUCCUCAUCAGCUCCAUUCUACAGGGAUGUCCUUGUACUCUGAGAGUGUGCCCUCUGGUCCUAGACUCUCCUGCUAUAGGAAAUAUCCUCUCCACAUUCACUCUAGCUAGACCUUUCAAUAUUCAAUAAGUUUCAAUGAGAUCCCACUCAUUCUUCAAAACUCUGGUGAGUACAGGCGCAGAGCAUCAAAGCUGUUCAUACAUUAACCCUCUCAUUGUGGGCGGUUCACCAGCACCGUGCGGAAUAACAUCAUCAGAUAAAGAUACUGACGUGUUUGGGGAGAUGGAGAAGAUGCCAUUCAGGAGGCUGAACUGGAAGACCUGUUGUUUAUGUUGCAAUGCAUUCUUUAUUUACUUGAUAUUUGCUGUAACUGCAUUUAUGUUAAAUUUCAUUUGGCUGACUACAAGGACUCUAUCCUGGUCUAAUAUAAGAUAAAAUAAAAUUACAGAUCCACAAUCGCUUAUCCGAAAUUCUGAAAUCCAAAAAGCUCCGAAAACAGAAGUUUAUUUCGCCAACAGCUGACAUCACUCAGGUGUGACGUGGCAGCACGAGCAGAGGCCACCAGACGUCAGUUGUGGCUCAGCGCUCGUACUGGUUACACGUGCAUUUGUUGUUCACUGAUAUUUUGUGUUCACUGUUGACUUCGUGUUUAAUUUCACUGUGAAAAUGUCAAGACGAGCUGCAGAUACCCCUAUGGGUAACAAUGAGAAAAAGAGAAGAAAGCAUCAAUCAUUAUCAAUAACGCAGAAAGUGGAGUUAUUGCAGAAGCUUGAUCGUGGUGUGUCUGUGCGGCGUCUUACUGAAGAAUAUGGUGUCAGAACUACCGCUGUAUAUUAUUUAAGGAAGUAGAAAGACAAGUUACUGAAGUUUUAUAGUGACAGUGACAUUCCACAUUUAUUCCAAUAAGUCAUUUAUCAUGUGUUCGAUUUGGUUCGUUUAAAGCUGUAUAUUUUUGUUUUAUUGAAUGUUUUUGUUGGAAAUAAUUUUUUUACUUGUCAUUAUUCCUUAAACAAUACAGUAUAACAGUUACGUUUACAUAGCAUUUACAUUAAUUAGGUAUUAUAAGUAAUCUAGAGAUGAUUUAAAGUAUAGGGGAGGAUGUGUGUAGGUCCGGUGCUCCGCCGGGUCCUAAAGUCCACCUGCACUGAGACAGGUUAAAUAAGGAACUUGAGCAUACGUGUUUUUUGGUAUCCGUUGGAGGUCCUGGAACCAAUAAGGAGGGCUUGCAGGUAUCACCACACAUUUUAGUACCAACAUACCAUGCCCACAACUCACCAACCCUAACUUGUACGUCUUUGAAAGGUGGAAUGAAACUGGAGCACCCAGAGGAAUCCCACGUGGUCAUGUAGAGAAUGUCAAAAUAUCCUUAGAGACAGCGGUGGGAAUCGAACCCCGAUCAGUGAUUGCAGAUAGUGAAAAGCAAUUGUAAUGAACAUGGUGCUUCCAUUCCAUCCCUAACAUAAUUGACAUAUGUGAGAGGAUGAUGGGCAAUGGAAGAAAGGGAAGGAGAUGGGGAACCAGAGGGAGGUGAUGGGCAGGUGAGGAGAAGAGAAGGGGUGAGAGGGGAACAAGAAUGGGGAAAGGAUAAAGAGAGAAGGGAGAGGGGAGUGGAGAGAUUACCACUAGUUGGAGAAAUUAAUGCUCAUGCUAUCAGGUCGGAGGCUAACCAGACGGAUUAUGAAGGGUCACUCUUGCAACCUGAGUUGGUCCUCAUCAUGGCAAUAAUGGAGGCCAUGGACCAACAUGUAGGAAUGAGGAUGGGAAGUUGAAUUAAAAUGGUGGGCCACCAGGUGAUCCUGCCUUUUGAGGCAGACAGAUCGAAGGUGCUCAGUGAAGCAAUUUCCAUAAUCUGCGUUUGGUCUCACCGAUGUAGAAGAGGCCAGAACGACAACACCAGGUACACUAGAUGACCCCAACAGAUAACAAGUGAAGUGCAUUCUCACCUGGAAGGACCGUUUGGGACCCUGAAUGGAAGUGAAGGAGGACGUGUAGGGGCAAAUGUAGCCCUUGUUCCACUUGCAAAGAUAAGUUCUAGGAUGAAGAUCUCUCUGGGGGGAAUGAACAGACACGGAACUCCAGAAAGUGGGGAGGUGGCUGAGGAAACAUGUAACUAUAGAACAUAGAACAUAACCACACAGAACAGGCCCUUUGGCCCACGAUGUUGUGACAACCUCUUAACUUACUCUGAGAUUAAUUUAACCCCUUCCUCCCAUAUAGUCCUCCAUUUUUCCAUCGUCCACCUAGGAGUUUCUUAAGUAUCCCUAAUGUAUCUGCCUCAACCACCACUCCUGACCACUGUUCCAACGCACCCACCACUCUGCACGUAAAAAAACCUACCACUGAUAUCCCCCCCUUUAUUUUUCUCCAAUUGUGUUUAAAUUACGCCAGCUUGUGUUAGCCAUUUAUGGCCUUGGAAGAAGUCUCUGGUUUUCCACCCGAUCGAUGCCUCUUAACAACUUGUAGAUCUCUUUCAAGUCACCUCUCAUCCUCCUUUAUUCCAAAGAGGAAAUCCCCGGCUCACUCAACCUAUCCUCAUACGACAUGCUCUCUAUUCCAGGCUGCAACCUGGUAAAUCUCCUCCGCAACCGCUCUAAAGCUUCCACAUCCUUCCUAUAAUGACCUCCACUGAAGUUAGGUGGGUAAAAAAACACUCAGUGGCCAUUAUAUUAGGUACACCUGUACACCUACUCGAUAAUGCAAAUAUCUAAUAAGCCAAUCAUGUGCUAGCGACUCGAUGAAUAAAAACAUGCAAUCGUGGUCAAGGGGUGCAGUUAUUGUGCAUACCAAGUACCAGAAUGGGGAGGAAAUGUGAUCUAUGUUACUUUGACAAUGGAAUGCAUGUUGGUGCCAAAUGGGGUGGUUUGAGAAUCUUAGAAACUGCUGAUCUCCUGGGAUUCUCAUGCAUAACAGUCUCUAGAGUUUCCAGAGAAUGGUGCAAGAAUCAAAAGUCAUCCAGUGACCAGCAGUUGUGUGGAUGAAAACACCUUGUUAUUGAGAGAGGUCAGAUGAGAAUGGCCAGGCUGGUUUAAGCUGACAGGAAGGCGACAGUAACUCACAUAACCACAGGCUACAACAUUGGUGAGCAAGAGAGCGUCUUUAAAUGUACAACACAUCAAACCUUGAAGUGGAUGGGCUACAGCAGCAGAAGACCACAAGCAUACACUUUGCAGCCACUUUAUUAGUUCUAGGAGGUACGUAGUAAAGUGGCCACUGAGUAUAACUUUAAGGGGCUGAAGGAUGUGGGAUGAGUCAGGAUGAGUAACAAUGACAAAAACAGUAAGAUUGCCUUGCUGUCUGUGGCCAGGCCUUUGAACUUCCAACGGUAUUUUCAGCUCUGAAUUUUGAAAGCUGAGGCAUCCAUGCUGGGUUGGCAGAGGGCCUGCCUUGUUAGAUUGCUGACACCAGAAGGUUCAUAUAGGUGAGGCUCUGAGAGUUCUGUACUCUCUAACUUUCCUCCA